AAAUAUCUAACUGUAGACACAAACAUGUGGAAGAUCGUAGUGUGUGCAUUAACAGUGGCCUCUUGUUGGAUAACUGUGCAGAGCGCUCCACGGAUAGUGAAUGGCACCGGCGUCGACAUCGAGGACUACCCGUGGAUGGCGUCGAUUCAGUUCGAGUACCAACACAAGUGCGGCGGCAUCAUCAUCAGUGAGACUUGGGUCCUGACCUGUGCAGAGUGCGUACAGAAGUUCGACCCCUCCUACUACUUCGUACGCGUCGGAACGUCCAUCCGAGAGAGCGAUGGGAUCAUCUACAACGUCACCAAAACCGCCCACAACAGCCACUACAGCUCCACCUCCAUGGACUACGACAUCGGAGCAGCGCAGAUUCUGGGCACCUUCACCUUCAAUGAGAAAAUUCAGCCCAUUCCGCUGACGACUGUGGAGCCUGAGGCCGGCACGCUGGUGACCAUAAUUGGCUGGGGCACGGUCUGGAACGGCGGGUACCUGGCGGACCAGCUGCAGAUGGUGCAGCUCUACAUCGUGGACCGUGACAACUGCAGCGCCGCUUACGACGGGCUGGGCAAGGUGAGCGUCCGCAAGAUCUGCGCCUGGUGGCCGGGCGGCGGCCGAGACCGCUGUGGCCCCGACUACGGGGGCCCCAUGGUGUUGGAUGGUGUGCUGGUGGGGGUUAUCUCCUCCUGGGGCAACGGCUGUGCCCUUCCCGGCUGGCCCAGCGUCUACGCCAACAUCGCCAACUCCGAAAUCAGGCAGUGGAUCAAUGACACCACCGGCGUCUAGAGCCUGCAGCUGCUACGCAUUUUCCAGUUGUGACAUUCUAUCGUCUUGUUUAUACUACUUCAGCUUGAGACGAAUGUAAAUAAUAUUACGCAAAUUAAACAGUAAUAAAAGACUGGAAAGAACAUACAAAGAAUUCGCUUUAAAACAUCCAGUGAAACGUAAAAUGGCGUUUGAUAUCGUUUUCCACGUUCACAUUAUUUAUGGUGUUUGCGGGCUUUCAAAUAAUGUAAUGAUUAAAGGAUGAGGUGGCCCCUCAACUACGUACCCUCCUACUCAACGUUGCUAUAUUAAAAGUUUUCGCUGGUUUCGUUAUCUAUGGGCUGGGAUACGUAGUUGCCGCAUUACAGGCCAAAUACUGCUGAGUCUACAGUAUACGAUAAGAAUACACAAAUGAAUCGAAUGGUCGCAGGUAUCUAUCACACGGCAAAAUUUAUAAAUGAAAGCUUGCAAUUAAAUAAAAUCUGCCGGUACUAUCUUAACGACUUUAAAUGAUGAGUGCGAUAGUAGAAGUAGUUUUGUAAGGUGUCAGGCAAAAUCCAACACCUUCCAUGAAAACCCUGACAUGAUACGCAAAUCCAGUAGUAUGUCACAUAGCUCCGAAUAAAUCGUGACAUUAAAUUAACCAAAGGAAUACGAGUAACGAGUGAGCAAAUGGAAUACCACAGACUAACACAAGAAUGCCUAAAUGCAUGUCAUACCUUCCCACCGUGAGACAGACGCAGUUUCGAGGGGAGAAACGAGAACAGAAGCCGAGAGCAGAACCGUGUUAAGCUAGAAGGCCCUACGGUAAGGGACGGACUGGACACCCACGUCGCCAGCUAACCACUAGGACAACGGCAGCUGCAAGUUUUAGCGUGAGACUUUUUCGCGUCUCUGUUACGUCAAGGACCACCCCCCCCAGCCCAUGUUAAAAGAUAGAGCCCUCCAGAAGAACAGUAUAGAUCUUACGAUAACACUAAAAGGAACCACAGCAGCUGUUAGUUUUAGCAUAAGACUUUUUCGCGUCUCUGUUACGUUGCAAACUUUAAAAACAUUGCCCCACCACGAAAAGUAUAACGUUUCUCAUUGGAUAGAUAGAAUUUUUGUAGGCGGAGCUUAGGUUAACAUUGAGACCCUGAAUGGCCAGACAGUUUUUUUUUUUAAACCAACUUCGGUAAAUAGUAGUAAGGAGAAGUUAGGAGAGUUACUUCGGAGGCGGCGAGGUGAGCGGAGCUGUGCUGCACGCCGCCCCCUGACGAACACCGACAAGGUAAUGAACGCACGCGAUGCCGCAUAACAGCGCAUAAAGCUUCACUCAGAACUGCAGAAGUCUCAUCUGUUACACCCUCUUUUUGCGUAAUACUAGUUUCGAUCGUAAAUCAAAGCUCGUGGUGUUCACAUUUGCCACUUGAAGUAAAAAUCUGAAACGCGAUGAUUUUUCUGUUAUAUAGUUAUUGAGAAGCCACAUCAGCCACUGUAAUUUACGACAACUUAGAUAAGUAAUUAAAAAUAAUUGAGGGUCACUGUAGACCAUUUUGAUAGUUUGCUCUUUUGUGAAACUUAAUUUACACCUAGAUUACAGAUGUGAUAUGGCAUAAGUCAUCCUUCGACCCAUUGUAGAACUUGGAAACCCAUUCAGGGAAUAUUCGUUCACAUUUUUGUUGAACGCAGUUUGUUUGUACCAUCCUGUAUUAAAACACUUCGUUUUAUAAAUAGUGCAAUUUAUAAACAAUGUUUUGUGAGUAGAAUAAAAUUUCCAAUGGUAAACU